AUGGCUACGGAACGGCGUAUCAAGUCGCUCAAAAUGCGGCUCCGGAGUAUUGAGACGUCGUUCAACCUAAUUAAAGUCUUCGUUGAAAACUUCGACGAAGAAACUCAGUCGAUGGAAGUUCCUGUUCGGCUGGAGAACCUGGCCGUGUUGUGGGUGGACUUCGGCAAAACGCAAGCCGAACUUGAAGCCGCUGAUGUAGACGAUAAUGCGGUGAUGGAACAUCAGCUGAAGCAGCGGGCCCAGUUCGAGACGGACUACUACCGUGUUAAGGGUUUUUUGCUGUCCGUUAAUAAAAGUACAUCGCCCAGCUCCCACUCUUGUCACUCCAGUGCGCAUUUCCCUACUUCUUCGCAAAUUCGGCUCCCAGAUGUGAAACUUCCCGUUUUUACUGGCGCUCUCGAAAAUUGGUUGAAUUUUCAUGAUCUAUUCAUUUCAUUGGUGCAUUCGUCGACUGAGUUGUCCAAUAUCCAGAAAUUUUAUUAUUUACGUUCGUCAUUAGCGGGGGAUGCGUUAAAGCUGGUACAAACGAUUGCGAUUAGCGCCAAUAAUUACCCAGUUGCGUGGAACUUGCUGAUAGAUCACUUCCAAAAUCCUGCACGUUUGAAACAAGCCUAUGUCGACUCCCUUUUUGAGUUUGCUCCGUUGAAAAGGGAAUCUGCAAGUGAUCUUCAUUCUCUGGUGGAACGAUUCGAAGCUAAUGUCCGCAUCUUGAAGCAGUUGGGAGAGAGAACCGAGUUUUGGGACGUGUUGCUGAUUCGUAUGCUCAGUAUUCGUCUUGACCCCACUACACGAAGGGAUUGGGAAGAAUUUUCGUCGACUCAUGAGGCAGCUACCUUCCCAGAUCUGGUCAGCUUUCUUCAGCGGAGGGUCACCGUUUUGCAGAGUGUGAGCAACGUUCAACUGGACACUUCUUCGUCUUCGGCACCCAAAAAACCGGUUCAUCGAUCAGCAAUCAUCAGCAAUGGAGCUACUCAAUUCUCACCACGCCAAUGUUUCGCCUGCUCUGAACACCAUCCACUUUAUUUAUGCCAGACGUUCUCCAAGAUGACCAUCGAAGAUAAAGACAAAUUAGUACGCCGUCAACAACUCUGUCGGAACUGCCUACGUAAGGGACAUCAAUCACGAAGUUGUCAAUCCAAGAACUGCUGUCGAAAAUGCCGAGGGCGCCACCAUAGCCAACUAUGCAGCACAGGUACCAGCCAGGGUGAAUCCAGCAAGCCGAGAGCCGAAGGGAAUACGUCGAGGGAUUCUAACCCUACCAGCGAAGAAGUGUCAUCAUUGUCUGCAGCAGUCGGGAAACUUCCCAAGAAGGGUCACCCUAACAAGGUGCUUCUAGCAACGGCCGUGAUCAAACUGACGGAUGAUUACGGCAAUACUCACUUCGCCAGAGCGCUCCUCGACUCGGGUAGCGAAUGCAACUUCAUCACCGAGUCAUUUGCGCAAAAACUCAAAGUUCGUCGCACCAAAGUUCACCUCUCCAUCUCCGGAAUUGGUCAGUCAUCCACUCAAUCUCGCUCCAAGCUUCGCACCACAAUUCACUCUCGAGUUACCGGAUUUUCGACCAUCGUAGAGCUCCUCGUACUGCCUAAACUCACUCUAAGUUUGCCAUCCGCCACUUUAGACAUUUCUAAUUGGAACCUUCCGAAAGAAAUUCAGCUCGCAGAUCCUAACUUUUACCAAAGCAACCCUAUCGACAUCGUCCUUGGUGCAGAAAUAUUCUUCGAUCUUUUCAAACCGCCUGGCAGAAUUCCUCUUGGAGAUUCACUGCCUGUUCUUGUGAAUUCUGUUCUGGGAUGGGUUGUUUCUGGGAAAGUUACCAACUCUACUGCUACGAGCUCCGUUAUUGCCAACCUUGCAACCGUCGCAGAUAUUUAUCGCCUCAUGCAACGAUUCUGGAUCAUCGAAGAGGCAGAUUCAGCUCCCUGUAUGUCGGUGGAAGAAGCAGCCUGCGAAAAGCACUUUUCGCAGAACGUUCAACGCACUCCAGAAGGUCGAUACAUCGUUCGAUUGCCGUUCAAGGAACCUGUUUCCAGCGUAGGCGACAAUCGCAGCAUAGCACAACGUCGAUUCCGGAUGGUCGAGUCUCGCUUGCAACGGGACACUAAUCUACAGGCUCAGUAUCACGACUUCAUGGCCGAAUACGUCACCUUAGGGCACAUGCAGCGAGUAGACACUUCUACUCCACCUACCCAGCAGUAUUACCUUCCUCAUCAUGCGGUGAUUCGCGAAGAUAGCUCGACUACCAAGGUGCGAGUCGUCUUCGAUGCUUCGUGCAAGUCAGGAUCUGGCAAAUCGCUCAACGACGUGCUCAUGGUCGGGGCAGUCAUCCAAGACGACCUUCGUUCCAUCAUCCUGAGAACCAGAAUCAAUCCCGUUUUGCUCAUCGCUGACAUCCAAAAAAUGUACCGUCAAAUCCUGGUCGACGAACGAGACACUCCUCUCCAGCGAAUUCUUUGGCGAAGUUCACCGGACGAGCCUCUCAGCACGUUUGAGCUGAAAACAGUCACCUACGGCACAGCUAGUGCACCAUUCCUGGCCACCAGAACCCUACAACAACUGGCAGACGACGAAAAAGCAGAUUUCCCUUUGGGCGCGGCGAUUCUGAAGAGAGAUGUGUACGUAGACGACCUGGUUACCUAUGGCAUUCCUUCCGAACGACGUGCGCUUCAAUCAUCAGUCGAGCUCGCAGCUGAUCAGACCAUCAAAACCUUGGGGUUGCACUGGGAACCAGCUUCGGAUCACUUCCGGUUCCAAAUUCGGUUACCUGAACACUCUCGAGGCGUGGUUCUCUGCAAAAGGUUGGCCCUCUCACAAAUCGCCCAGCUGUUCGACCCGUUGGGAUUGGUAGGCCCUGUCAUCGUUACUGCGAAAAUGUUUAUGCAGACUCUGUGGAGUCUGAACUCCGACGACGGCAAGCCAUGGGGAUGGGAUCAACCACUACCACCAUCGCUGACCACGUAUUGGCAAAAUUACUAUGCGCAAUUACCUGUCCUCGAUCAGCUUCGAAUCCCACGAUGCGUCGUGCUUCCCGAGUUUGAAUCCAUCCAGCUACACCUGUUUUCUGACGCUUCAGAAAACGCCUACGGGGCCUGUGCCUACUUUCGUUCAAAGGACUCAUCAGGUUGUAUUUCCGUCGGCCUUCUCACUGCCAAAUCCAAAGUCGCUCCUUUGAAAAAACGCAGCAUUCCCCGGCUUGAACUUUGCGGGGCUCUAGAGGCAGCCCAAUUGUACCAGAAAAUCUCCUCAACCUUCGGAAGGAAGUUCGAAACCUUCUUCUGGGUCGACUCAACCACGGUGCUCGCCUGGCUGAAGGCAACUCCCUCAGUUUGGACAACUUUCGUGGCCAAUCGGGUUUCAAAAAUCCAGCUUGCAACAGUAGGCGCUUCCUGGAAUCACGUAGCUGGUCAAGAGAACCCUGCUGAUCAUCUGUCUCGAGGAAUUGACGCCAAAACGCUGAUCUCCUGCAAACUGUGGUGGAAUGGACCAAAUUGGCUUCGGUCCGAUGACUUUUUGCAGCUAACAUCGCCAUCAAGCACCUCCUUCGAGACCCAUCUAGAAUUCCGCACAUCCAAACCGGUCGGCCUAACCGCCUCAGCAGACAGUUCCUUCAUCGAUUCCUUCGUUGGCCGAUUCUCGAAGUACCAAACCAUGCUGCGCGUCACAGCAUUCUGCCUCAGGUUGUCACGCAAGUCUCGAAGCGCAGAAGCAAGAAAAAGAUCGUUCCUCUCAGCGACGGAAAUUCGCGAAGCCGAAAAUGCUCUCAUACGAUUGGUGCAAGCUCAAGAGUUCUCCGAGCACGUAGCAGCUCUUCAAGCAUCGAAGCCAGCUCCAAUCAGGUCCCAACUCCGAUGGUUUACUCCGUUCCUGGAUGCAGAUCGCCUGAUGCGUGUUGGAGGACGAAUCGACAAAUCAGCGCUAAAUUACGACGCCAAGCACCAAAUUCUUCUUCCGUACAAUCAUCGGUUCUCCGCCCUGCUGGUGGAGUGCUUUCAUGAAAGGCAUUUGCAUGCAGCACCUCAAUUACUGCUUGGAAUCCUUCGAUUGCGGUACUGGAUCACAGGGGCCAGAAAGCUGGCCAAAACGAUCGUUCAUCGCUGCAUAAUUUGCGUCCGAGCUCGCCCUAAAUUGGUUGAACAAUUCAUGGCAGAGCUACCAAAGGAACGCGUAACUGCCGCCCGACCCUUUUCGAUUUCCGGUGUCGAUUAUUGGGGCCCGAUCCUGCUUAAACCUCCACAUCGUCGAGCAGCCCCAAUCAAGGCAUUUGUAGCGGUGUUCGUCUGCUUCACUACGAAGGCUGUCCAUAUCGAACUCGUUUUCGAUUUGACGACAGCCAAAUUCAUCCAAGCUCUACGCCGGUUCGUAUCCCGCCGAGGUCCACCAUCAGACAUCUACAGCGACAACGGAAGAAACUUUCUGGGUGCCAGCAAUGAAUUGCGCAAACUUCUUCGCUCGUCCGACCACUCACAAGGAGUUGCAACCGAAUGCUCCGAUUGCAAUAUCAGAUGGCAUUUUAAUCCACCUCGAGCAUCUCAUUUCGGCGGAUUAUGGGAAUCCGCAAUUAAUUCCGCCCAAAAGCACUUCCUUCGAGUCGUCCGUGAUCGCCCAUUGGCUUAUGACGAUAUGGAUACCUUAUUGUGCCAGAUAGAGUGCUGCCUCAAUUCGCGCCCGAUUACUCCAAUGAGCGACGAUCCGACUGAUUUCGAGCCGCUUACUCCAGGGCAUUUUCUGGUGGUGGCAGCAAACUCAAAAGCUGCUGCAGGACAUCUGGCGUCGAUGGCACCUGGAAUAUUUGUCAUCAUUAGCCCAAAGAUCAAAGUGGUUAAACUCACCUGUAGCACUGAAGGAGAACCAGCUCGUCCUUCUCAAGGAGGAUGGGAUCCCACCAAUUCGCUGGCCAACGGCCAGAAUCACCCAAUUGCAUCCAGGGACUGA